AAUACACACAAGAAAAAAAGAAAAAAGAAAAAAAGAAAAAAAAAAACACAGCCAUUAUUAUUUUUCUGUGUCGAAUAUCUAUCUCCUUCAAAAUUCACCUCACACCUUUCUCUAGCUCCGAACCCGAACCUCUAAUGGAUCUAAACGGCCCGACCCGAUUCCGCAAACCCGCCCUCUCCUCCACGGAGCGCUUCCUCGGCGUCCCAACCCACGCGCCGCGCAACCAAAACCCUCCCUACCCCGCCCCCGCCACCGAAGACGACGACGACGACCUAAUCGAAGACGACGUCGUUUUCUCCCACAACGACCACGACUCCACCGAACCCUCCUCCUCCUCCUCCUCCUCCUUUUCCAUCCCCAACCACCACAACCACCACCACAAGGCCUUCGCGUUCGGUCCUCCCGACGCCUUCGGCAUCCUCGCCGCGCUGCCGGAGAACGACCACCUCUCCCCCAACGGCUCGCACCUCUUCCACCACAAACCCUCCGUCUCCGUUUCCCUCUCUUCCUCUUCCUCCUCCUCCUCCUCGCGCCCCAUCCCGGCCAUCCCCAAGCCUCCGCCGGACCGGACUCCCUCCUCCUCCGUCAAGUUCCACCAGUCCGCGCCGGUGAACGUGCCGGUCAUGCCGCAGCGGAGGCGCCGCGACUUCGACGACGACGACGGUGGCGACGCGGUGGAGGAUGAGGAGAUGCUGCCGCCGCACGAGAUUGUGGCGCGGAACGCGGCGCAGAGUCCGAUGAUGGCGUACUCGGUUCUCGAAGGAGUAGGAAGGACGCUGAAGGGAAGAGACUUGCGUCAGAUGAUAUUUUAGCCAAGUCAUAUGUUUGUGUGAUGAAAAGUACUUGAUUAGCCACCAUACUAUCUUGGAAUAAAUGAAGUAAUAUACACAGCAGAGCAAUUCGAUGGUAGAUGAUACGUGGGUAGCUUAGCGAAAGAUUCAGAUUUUAUUUAGACUCUGCAAGAUGUAAUAUGGUUGUUGGAUUAUUUUGUACACGGGUCAUUCCCACAAAUGAACGAAUAUAUCACUUAAUUGUCUUAUCUAGAAUAGGCAAGACCUUUGUAACUUGUAAGGAUAUUCAUUCCAUUUAUUUCAAGCAAUUUUGGGUUCUAUCA